GAAAAACACAUCUUGACUGUCACCAGGUCAAAGUGUUCUACGGCCUCUUUAACGAGUGGAGAAUGGAGCCCCGCCUUUGUACGGGUGGCAUGCUGAGAACCUCGCCGACCAAACAAGCAGGCCAUCAUUCGCACCCAGAGAACUCUGCAAUCUGGUCAGGAAAGCAAGACGUGGCGCUGGAAAAAAACGACCCCAGCCCAUGAGAGGCUGUCACCUACAUUCCAGGAGAACCAGAAAGGAAGCCAUCCUAGUCUUGAAUUAAGCAAGACCAGUUUUCGCCAGGCAUGGUUGGACAAACCUGUAAUGCCAACACUUUCAGUGUCAGUGUCCAUGGCAUGAAACAGGGCUUGAUCGUGGCCAUUAAAACAAGGGGCUGAUUUCCCCUGAAUAAGAAGUCUACAGGUAGGGGUUGUGGCUUGGCAGUAGAAAGUCUGCCCACCAUGCUCAAGGUCUUGAGUUCAAUCCUUAGCACUGAAAGUAAACAGAAAGUCUGGAAGUGGGCAACAGGACCAGCCAGCCACGGACCCUGUCACCAUUCAGGACUAAAUUCUACCUUACUACUCUACCAUCGUUAGCACACGUCUGCCCUUGCCAUGGCUGAAUCCCAGCAUGAAAGCAAAGAGGAAGAGAGAAGUUUCAAGCCAACCUUUUAUGGAAGACACUGGCUCUUCCCCAAACCUCAUCAGUUAUGCCUCCAUGAAAUCUUGUUGGCCAGAAGCACUUUAUAGAUCUGUGUUGGAAAACAAGAGGUCUGAAUAGCAGAUUGCCGCUUACACCCAGGUAGGUCCCACUUAAAAUGAGAAGGGAAAAUUCAAGUCAGAUAAGAUGGUGUGCACCUGUAAUCCCAACCCUGGAGAAACUGAUCAUGAGUUCGAGGCCAGCCUGGAGUACUGUGACACCCUCCCUCCAAAACAUAAAUAAGUAAGUAAAUAAUAAAAAGGAGGUUUGGGGAUGAUGUAACCAACUGCAGACAUGUCAGAAUGGAAGCAUCGAAUAAGCUAAAUCAAAAAGCAGAGAACAAGUAUUUACUAUUCAAAUGUAAUCCCACCUGAAGCUUCUGAACAGGCAUCUAAAGAAAAGGCCACAUUCCGACAGCCUAGGCUGUCUUUAGAAGCUUCCUGUGCAUAUAGCACUUAGCAAGUUGCUUGCCCAGAGACUACCCAGAAUUCCUGGGAUCAGCAGAUACAAUAUAAAGUACAGGAUGUUCUAAAAAUGGUACUUGUCAUAAGAGCUAACAUGACUGCCCUGGCCCAGGGAUAGAAAGAUUGGUGAGCACUUGAGUGAUGAGCCCCAUCUAUAAUUUAGUGAGCUCCACUCAUUCACGGACUCCGACACCGCCUGACAGGGGAAAAGGGCCAUCUCCUUCCGCUCCUGUUCAAGUCACCAGAGAGUUGUGGUUGGCGAUGAUGGGAAGUGUUGCAAAGGAGCCCGGCAUUUCCUGUGCCCUAAACGGCUCCAGCUUCCGAACCUGGGCAUGCUCCAGACAUAAACCCAAUGAGGCAGACAAAAGAAAUACUAACAAUUAGUCAGGCAUGCAAGGUCCAGUGGAAAUAGUCAUUAAAGAUACGAUAUGAUCAUUUGGUGGUUUUCCAGAGAGCUUUAUCACAGGGUGCUGCCAGCCUUUCAGCUGCUUUCCAGUUGUGCGGUGGGACAGCAAGCUGAGAGGCCCCUCCCUCUGACUCCAGCCAAGCUGAGAGGCCCCUCCCUCUGACUCCAGUCUGGAGCCCUUUUCAAUGGCACCUGCUAAUCUUGUUAAAUCUUAAAUGCUUUUUGGUUUUAUGGGUCCACUUGCUUUUCCUUCCAGCCUUCUUUGACCUUGUUGUCUUUGUGUGGCUUGUAUGUGUGAGGGUUGUACAGUUAAUUCUAGAACACAGCAGGAUGAAGACUAUGUAUGCGACAUAUGCCAUAGACAAAAAGGUACAGAAAAAAAAUGAUGUUGCUCUUCAAAUAAGAUUAAAGAUAUAUACUGGGCAUUUAAGAUAUGUAAUGAAUUUUGGUCACCUGACCGCUGUUUUCAGAAGGGGAAAAUGAAUUUGUCCUAAAGUCAUUUUAGCUCAGUAAAAAUGCACCAGACACGAGAAUAGAAAAUGUAUGUUACUUUUCCCCUGCCGCCGCCAAGUUGCGCAGAGGCGGAAGCUCUGGUGCAUUCAAGAUUCAGCAUCACCCAUAAUCUACCGCCAUGGCCGAGGAAAGCAUAGCUGUUGGAGGUGUAAUGGACAUCAACACUGCUCUACAAGGGAUGCUGAAGACCGCCCUCAUCCAUGACAGCCUAGCACGUGACAUACGCGAAGCUGCCAAAGCCUUUGACAAGCGCCAAGCCCAUGUCUAUGUGCUUGCCUCCGACUGUGAUGAACCCAUGUGUGUCAAGCUGGUGUACGCACUCUGUGCUGAGCACCAGAUCAACCUGAUAAAGGCUGAUGACAACAAGAAACUUGGGGAAUGGGGAGGCCUCUGUAAAAUCGAUCGAGAGGGGAAACCACAGAAAGUGGUUGUUUGCAGUUGUGUAGUGGUUCAAGAUUAUGGCAAAGAAUCUCAGGCCAAGGAUAUCAUCAAGGAGUACUUCAAAUGCAAGAAAUGAAUAAAUAAAAUUUUGGCAAAAGAAAAUGUAUAAGUUAGUCUAGCCAUA